AUGCAGCUCGUGAUUUUGUUGUUUGUGCAGCAGUUCUUUGCACCCUACGGCUACAGUGCCUUCAGCGACAGAGAUGAGCUGCGAGACACCCUGUACGAGUGGGACAAUGAAGCAGGCCGCCGACCCGACAUCGAGAGGACUUAUGGACCAAUCGAAGAUUGGGACGUAUCCAAUGUCAUCAGCUUUCGGUGGCUGUUCUCUGGACUCCGUUGGUUCAAUGAAGAGGUCGGAGGCUGGGAGACUUCCCAGGUGACAGAUAUGUCCUACACGUUUCAAGAUGCCUCAGCCUUCAACAAGGAUAUUGGCUCAUGG